AUGGCUGCCGCUGCCGCAGUAACGGCUUCUGUGAAUAAUUCGACUACAACAGCCAAUGCACCUACUAAUACGGUAACUGCAGUAACUGCUGCAAUUACAAACAGGUUCGCGACCAAUGGCACGACGACUGUUAGCGAUCCUACUACAAAUGACGAUAACACCAUAUCAACAUCAAUAAAUAAUUACAGCAGUAUUCCACCCCCACAAACUAUGAUGACAACUUUUAGUUCGAAAACAAUUUCAACUACUCCUAAACGAUAUAAAUGUGAGAUUUGUCAAAAACGGUUUACAAGGCCAAGUUCACUACAAACUCAUAUGUAUAGUCAUACCGGUGAAAAACCUUUCAAAUGUCCAAUUGAAGGAUGCGGUCGACAUUUCUCGGUAGUUAUAAAUAAUAACUCUUAA